GACGUCAGACGUAUUUCGCUGCGACACCAGGAAGUGCGGAAGACGACGACGAGAGCGGACUGAAACCAGAGACGACCGACCGACCGACCAGUUCACCACCGAUCGAUCCGUCAACUUUUUUGAACACGUUUCGUUGGAAAACAAGUGCGUGACCGUCGAAGCGAGCGAACGAUGCCCAACAUGGAUACGCAUCUUUUCAAUUUAAAAUUUGCUGCCAAAGAACUGCAAAAAAACUCCAAGAAAUGCGACAAAGAAGAGAAAUUGGAAAAGGCUAAAGUCAAGAAAGCCAUCCAGAAAGGAAACAUGGACGUGGCGAGGAUCCACGCGGAGAACGCCAUCAGACAGAAGAACCAGUCCGUGACCUACUUGAGGAUGGGCGCUCGGGUGGACGCCGUGGCCGCGAGGGUCCAAACCGCUGUCACGAUGAACCGGGUGACAAAAUCAAUGAGUGGAGUGGUGAAAGGCAUGGAUGUCACUCUCAAGUCCAUGAAUCUGGAGAAGAUUUCAUCCCUCAUGGACAAGUUUGAGCGGCAGUUUGAGACGCUGGAUGUCCAGACAGCGCAGAUGGAAGACAGCAUGAGCAGCUCCACAACGCUCACCACUCCGCAGAACCAAGUGGACUCGUUGUUGCACGAGAUGGCGGACGAAGCAGGGUUGGACCUGAACAUGGAGCUCCCCCAGGGACAGAUGGGCUCGGUGGGCACCAGCGUGGCCUCAGCGGAACAGGACGAGCUGUCUCAAAGGCUGGCCAGACUGCGAGAACAAAUAUGAAGGGCGAGCCAGCGCAGCGCAGCGCAGCGCAGCGCAGCGACGUCGCACCACAGAGACCCCUGAACAUGACUUCCGGCGCAUCUCUCCUCUUCACCUUGCUGAUUCUCUCUGUGGACCGUAGCUCCUGUUGCUUUGGUCUUUUUAACAACAUAUAACUUAAAGACAUUGUAAAACUUCUUUUGGAUUCGAACAGAAAUGCUGAUCAUGGGGAAAUGUUCUUCUAAAGCGCAAUACACUGAAGAAUGUGGUAUUUCUUUCACCACCUGUAGGCCAUAUAAUUGCGGUGAAGAAGAGUUGCUUCGGGAAGGUCUUUUGUUACUCAUACUGCAUAACCUGUUGUUCUUGUCCUGGCUUGUGAAAGAUAAUUCCCACAGUUUGUGUGGUAAUCUACUGAUCGUUUGCUUCGGGGUUACACUUUGCCGAUUACACACAAUAAACUUUUAUAAUAAUA